AUGGCAGAAGAAGACGACGAGAAUAACGAUUUUGAGUUAGAGCAUUGUCUAACCUCAGAAAACUUGGUAACCGAACCAAAUAUGCAAUCUGCUUCCAAUCUAGGUGUUACAAAGAUAUUGAAAGCAAAUCGGAAUUCAAAGCCUUCGCAAAAAUGCAAAGCAAAUCGGAAUUCACAGCCUUCACAAAAAUGCAAACCAAAUCGGAAUUCGAAGCCUUCGCGCAAACAGAAAGCUAAUCGAACUUCAAAGCCUUCUCAGAAACGCAAAGCAAAUCGAAAUUCAAAACCUUCGCGAAAACGGAAAGCUAAUCGUUACUCGAAAAUGUCAAACACGAACUAUAAAGAGAAAAAUGCACAAGUAUCAGAAUCAGAUGAAAUGAAUGAACAUGUAAAAGUUUUGAAAAAAAGUAUUCAAAAUCGUAAUGAGAGAAGUUUAUGUGAACAAGAAGAUGCGUGUAGGUUUGAUCUAGUUAUUGGGACACAUGAUCGAACUAGUAUCGAUUUAGAUUGGUUGACUGAUACAGGUUACACGGAAGAAAAUUUAGAAGCAGAGACUAUAUACAACGUACUGAACGAAAGGUUUUCCGUUUUCUCAGUUCUUGCAUCUACUAGAGAGAAAAUUUAUUGCUCAGAUAUUUUUCAACUAUUCUUCAACGGUGGCUGGCGUGUUCUUGUUGUCGAUCAUUAA